CCUUCGUGCGUAGCGACGUCGACAGCGCUGAUUGGUGGAGGUGGAGCGCGGUGGAUUGUGGGAAGAUGGAGGGUAGUGUGGGGAGGUUGGAGGAGGAAGCGCUGAAGAGGAAGGAGAGAUUGUUACAACUGAGGAAGAAAAGGGUCAGAGAAGAUGGCGGAGGAGGGGAGGAUCUCCCAGAGGAGAAGGAGGAGCGACACAGGGAGCUGAAGCUGAGGAACUACACGCCGCAGGAUGAGGCGCUGAAAGAGCGGCAAGUCGCCCCGGCCAAACCCAUCCCAGUGGAGGAAAAAGUGAAAGACCAGCUGGAAGCAGCCAAGCCGGAGCCAAUUAUAGAGGAAGUUGAUCUGACCAAUUUGGCUCCAAGGAAACCGGACUGGGACCUGAAGAGAGACGUCGCUAAGAAGUUGGAGAAACUGGAGAAGAGGACGCAGCGCGCCAUCGCAGAGUUAAUCCGGGAGCGUUUAAAGGGACAGGAGGAGAACCUGGCAACGGCUGUGGAGGCGGCAAAGCAAGAGGAUGAAGAUUCCGACUAGAGAUUUUCUGAUUCCGCCCCCCCUCGGGACCCCGCCCCCCUCGGGACCCCGCCCACUGCGGCGGGAGAGGUCAUGUCUAAGCACAGCUGGCAGUACAAAACGGCCGUCCCACCAAGACAAUGGGGGCGUUCCUCUGUGUGCACAGGGACCUUUCCCGGGAGCAGCGCCAUCUUUAUUCAGGAAUUUCUUCUCUUACUGGCAGAACUUUUGUGACUCGGAAACCUUCAGAUUUGGGACUUGUGUGAGGCGGAGACCCCGGGGGACCCAACGUGAGGCGACAAUGAGUGUGGUCUCCGUGCGAGGAGGAUUGUGUGUUAUGUCUCAUUGACGAGUUUAUUCUACUUUUUAUUUUCAUAUUAUUUUUUAAUAAAUAGAAGAUAAAAUACA